CGACCAAAGUGUCCCAACGGUGAUGAGUCAAUGCAAUGCCAAUCUCGUUCUAUUGUGCUGUGUCAAAGUAACUCCUUCGAUUCCUCAAUUUCUCUUCAAAAAAUCAAACAAAACCCUCUCUCACUUCCCAAUCCUAAUCACUAGUAACCAUGAGCGAAGAAGACAAAGCACGCAACAGAGGCGUCGUCGAGCGCCGCCACCACCAGCAGCAACAGCCGCCCCAGUAUGGUACCUUUCAAGGCGUUGCUAAUUAUCCUCCUCCGCCUCCUCCCCACCACCAGCCUGUCAUCGGCUUCCCUCAGCCUGCUCCUCCCCCUGGAGCUACUGAGCCUUCCGCCCCUCCUCCGCCUCAGGAUCCCUCCUAUUAUGCUCACGGUUACCAAACCGUCACAGGUUAUGCUGUUGCUGAAGGAAGACCUGUAAGAGAGCGCCGUCUUCCUUGCUGUGGUAUUGGUGUUGGCUGGUUCUUGUUUAUAAUCGGUUUCUUUCUCGGUGCUAUUCCCUGGUAUAUUGGGCUAUUCGUUCUACUAUGUGCAAGGAUUGAUCCACGAGAGAAACCAGGAUACAUUGCUUGCACAAUUGCUGCUGUUGUGGCCACUGUUGCAAUUAUUCUUGGUGCAACUAAAGGAGCUGAUGCUUGGUAAUUUUUGGCCAAGACCCAAGAGUAGCAAAAUAGAUGUGGACACAUGCAUCAGUUCCUGAACGCUAUUUGUAACUUUUGGUACUCAAUGAUGUGAUUGAUUCAUAGUUGUGUUACUUAUCGGUAGUGUUCUGAACAAUGAAACUGCGAAUUCGUUGGGAGAUGAUUUCCAUAAAUGUUUAACGCAGUUAUUGUUUUAUUUAGCUGAAGGUUUGCUUUGAUUAUUUAUUUGUGAAAAUCAGCAGACAUUGUAUAUGUAUAAUUACUAAUUAUUAUAAAUAUUAAUUUAGAUAUUAAGUCA